ACUGAAGUUUCCAGUUGCUAUUGUGAAAACUACCGUGGUUCUGAUAUUUUUCAGAUCAUCUGAGUUUUUUUUUUUUUUUUUUUUUUUUAAAUGAUCGGUCCUGAACAUUCAUCAUUUCUCAUCAAUAAGUACUUGAUUUAAAUCAGAAGCUUAUCUACAUUGAUCAGGUAUUUCUCUGAUGGGUACACAGUUGAAUAGUAAUCAAUUGGACAUCAUAAAAUAUUUUUUUAGUAGGCAAUAGAACACUCUGCAAUAACUUUUGUAUGCAAUUAGAAUAUAUAUUUUUUAUUUUUGUAGGCAAUAAAGUUUGGUAGGCAACUGAGCAGUAAGAAACUGAGCAGUAUGUAUUUAUUAUGUACGAAAAAAUAUUGUAGACAUUUGAUACAGUCGGCAAAAAAAUUGUAGGCAACUGAUGUCUUCCCAAAUAAAUAAUAAUGAAGCAAUCGUCAUAUAUUGUUUGAUAAUAUGUAAAAUAUUUUUUCCAUUUAAAUUAUAAAAGAUAGUUAAUAAAAAUUUUAAAUAAUGGUUUUCUUUUUGAGAUAAAUAUAAAAAUUACAAAGCAAAAAUAUCAUGGGAAACUAUCAUUAGAUAUAUUAAUGACAGUAUUUGUAUGAUUAAAUUGAAUUAUUUGUAGUCUAUAAUUAUAUUAACAAGUUAAAGAUAUUUUUAAGAUUUCGCGCCUUUUGAUCUCCGAACCAAAUAUCUCCGAUCAAUUCUCUGAACACUAUAACUUUUUAUUAUUUUUAUAACUUUUUAUGAAAAUGUUAUAAAAUCUUUUUUACAAGAAUAAUUUAAAACAAGUCAACACAUGCACAUGGUUGAAAUUCGAAUAUGCCCUUUUUUACACAUUUAUGUAUGAGGCAGUAAAUAAUGUGAUUGAUUCUCUAGAAAUUUUGUCAGAUAUCAAGUUCAAUAUCCUGAAGAAGAGUCUAAGGGACAGUAGACUUUUAGAAUAGAAUUUCCAAACUCCAAUAAGUCAUUUAUACAAAAUGACCCCAAAAAUAUAAUUUUUUAAUUAGUUAAUGACUACUCAAAAUUGGUUAUUUUUUUUGGUGGGUCUCUAAAAGCAUUCAAGAAGUCAAUUUGAGUGGAAAUGGAAAAUAGAGUGAAGGGAAAGUGUUAAAUAAAAAAAUUAAAAAAAUUUCCACCAAGGAACAUUACGCUUGCAAUCGUUAUGUGCCUUUUUUUCACAAAUUUUAUGUGUAUGUUAUCACAAAAAUAUAUCAAUGUAUUUGCUUGUUAUCAGAUGCACGAUAAAAUAUAUUAAUAAUUUAACAGAAACAGCCGAAGUAUCUAAAGGACGUUGGCAACCACAAAAUUAAACGUUUUAAUUGUCAGAAUAUUUUGUUCGGGGAUCAAAACGCGCGUUACCGUUUUUAGAAAAUGGCCUCCACUUUUUAAAAAUAUUCAAUGGCUUUAAUAUUGAAAAAAUUAAAGCAUUAAUUGAAAAAAGGAUAACGUAAUUAUAAUUUCGUCGAUAUAUAAAUUUAAACAAAAUUAGUUACAGUUGUUAUCAAUUGGGAGUCAAACGAAAUUUGAAAAUUGGAAUUACAGAGGACAUGAAGAUUUUACUGGAAUUUAUUUUCUAAAUUUCCUAAUUGAUAUCAACUGGACGUAAUUUUUUUUAAAAUCUACCUUUCGGCGAAACUGCAACUUCGUUAUUCUUUUUUCAAUUAAUGAAUAACUUUUUUUUCAAUUAAUUAGUAAAAUUUUAAUACUGACAGUUGUCAUUGAAUCUUUUUAAAUAGUGUGAGCUAUUGUCUAAAUACCUUUAAUGAUCAUAACAAUAAUUAGUAAUUAAUAUUACAUAUCAUAAAUUAUCAUGGGGUAAAAGCAGGCGUCCAUAAAGUCAAGCAAUAAAUUAUUAAUUCAAGUACUUUUUACAUUAUCAUUAUUAUUAAAUAUAAAAUUAAUUAAUAUAUGAUUUGUCUAUAAAUGAAUUUAAGAUUCUUGUAUUUUCUUUUCUUUAAUAAAUAAUGAUUUUUUAUUUUAAAAAAUUCUAAUUUUUAAAGCUUAAAAAUUUUCCGCCUCAACGAAACUCGCGCCGUUAUUGGCAGUGGCCGCUUUUAUCAGUUUUAUUUUAUUAUUGUAAGAAAUAUAAUAUUUGUAAAGAGAUUAAUAAUUGUAAUGAUUCUAAAUAAAUAAAUAGAAUUUUAUUGAAUUAUUUUAUGCAUAAAUGUCACAAAGUUUGUUGUAAUUUAUUCAAAAAAACAGUUUUAUAUGAUUAUAACCUCAAUAAAUAUUUUUCAAUGGCUAAAAUUAUCAACAAAACAAAAAUAACUGGAAAAAUAGUUUGUGAUAAACGUGAACUAGAUCUUGGAAUAACUUUGAAAGGUGGUCAGAGUUUCAGAUGGACAGCAAUAGAAAAUGGAAAAAAAUACCGAGGAGUUUUCGCCGGAGAAGUUUGGACACUUCAUCAAGAUGACCAUCAAAUUUAUUAUAAAACCCACGGAUCAAAGCUAAAAAAUUCACUAGAUUGUGAAAACGAAUUAACAAAAUAUUUUAAUCUUCACGUAUCCUUGAAAGAAAAUUUAGAAAAUUGGUCGUCUAACGACAAAAACUUUGAAAAAUUUUCAAAUAUCGUCGAUGGUGUCCGGAUAUUAAACCAAGAUGUAGUAGAAAAUACUUUCUCAUUUAUUUGUAGCGCGAAUAAUAAUAUUGUCCGUAUAACUGGAAUGGUAGAAAAAAUGUGUCGGCAUUUCGGCAAGAAAAUUUGUCAAUUAAACAAAGAAUGGUACCACGAUUUCCCAACAAUCGAAUCUCUUGCACAGGACAAUGUUCAGUCAUUAUUAUCAACUGAAGGAUUUGGCUACCGCGCUCCAUAUAUUCAUAAUACAGCUAAGAAAUUAGUCGAGCUCGGAGGCCGGAAGUGGCUGGAGAGUCUCCACAAGCAGCAUGGAGCCGAGUAUGAAACUGCAAGACAAGCGAUUCAAGUUUUACCGGGAGUGGGACCUAAAGUCGCUGACUGCAUUUGUCUGAUGUCAUUAGGGCACUUGGAAUCUAUUCCAGUUGACACGCAUAUCUAUCAAGUUGCUCGAGAAACUUAUUUGCCGAAUCUAAAACAAGUUUCGUCAGUAACUCCAGCGAUUUAUCAUGACGUCAGUCGUCACUUACGAACCACGUGGGGCCCAUUGGCUGGUUGGGCACAAGCUGUAGUUUUCUGCACGAGAAUAAAAGACAACUCGCGUAAAAAAAAGACUGAGAAUGACGUCAAUGAUAACUCUAGUAAAAAAUUAAAAAAAAAAUAGUAAUG